AGCUCUGUUACAUACAUGGCAGAUACCAUGUCUGACUUGCAGAGCAAAGAUCCUACGGCCGAAGUGGACGCCGGUCCACUAACGGUAGACACACGAGGCGUGCCCAUCUCCACGCUUGCUCGGGCUCUAUUCAUCGCCGUUGGUGUGAUUGGGCUCUUACACACUGCGUUCGUCUGGGUCCACUUCUAUCAGCUUGGCUACCCUUCUCCGCGCACGCCAAAGAGACAUACGAGGAAUGUCGGCUGCCGGUUACACUCUCGUUAUUCGGAAAGGUCUAUGUACGAGGAACCUGAAGACUAUAUCAGCUCUAUCUCUUCUCUGGUGUAGUUGCUCAGGCUGGCAGUUCAGCUCGUCUAUAGUUAUACUCACUCUAUCAACACUCUGCAGUGACAAUACUCAGCUGCCACUGCUCAGGCUCAUUAUAUAUGAGUAUGUUGUUGCACUAUUAUCGAUCCUCGUGUAGUGUGG